AUGCCCUCGUUCUGCGCUGGCGGAAAAUUUAUCUUCUUCUCCCACCCAGCCGUCGCUCUCGCUCCCAUCCCGCCGUAUCCUCUCCCUCACUACCCGCCGUCACCUCUCCGACCCACCUCACAAUCACUCCACCCCACCCACCCCACCAUCUCCUCUCCCUUACCUCCCCGCCGUCGCCACUCCUCCUCCCCGCCGUCGCCUCUCCCUCCUCCCCGCCUCGCCUCCCUCCUCCCCGCCGUCGCCACUCCUCCUCCCCGCCGUCGCCUCUCCCUCCUCCCCGCCGUCGCCUCUCCUCCUCCCCGCCGUCGCCUCUCCUCCUCCCCGCCGUCGCCUCUCCCUCCUCCCUGCCGCCGCCUCUCCCUCCUCCCCGCCGUCGCCUCUCCCUCCUCCCCGCCGUCGCCUCUCCCUCCUCCCCGCCGUCGCCUCUCCUCCUCCCCGCCGUCGCCUCUCCUCCUCCCCGCGGUCGCCUCUCAUCCUCCCCGCCGUCGCCUCUCUUCCUCCCCGCCGUCGCCUCUCCUCCUCCCCGCGGUCGCCUCUCCUCCUCCCCGCGGUCGCCUCUCCUCCUCCCCGCCGUCGCCUCUCUUCCUCCCCGCCGUCGCCUCUCCCUUCCCCGCCAUCGCCACUCCUCCUCCCCGCCGUCGCCUCUCCCUCCUCCCCGCCGUCGCCUCUGCCGCCUCCCCGCCGUCGCCUCCGGCGACAGGUGCACGAGCGCAAGCGCUUGUUGGUGCGUGA